AAAAAUUACAUUGAAAUACAAUAAAAUAUUUCAAGAUUUGGAAUGAGACAAACAAGAAAGGAAAAAACUAGCCAAAAGCUUACCCGAUGGGAUCGAAUACGAAAAAGAAAUACGUGUAAAAACGCAUCUUCAUUAAAAACUGAUAUUGUAAAAAAUUUUAUCGAAAAGGACUAUGUCAAUCAGCACGAUGAAUCCGUAUUAUGUGGCAAAAGCUUACCAAACAAAGUGCUUAAUCCUGUACUUGUUAUGGAUAUGCGACACGAAAUGUUUCGCAAAAUACCACGAAAAUUGCCCUUAGCUACAGUGGGUGGGCUACGAACACUUGACGCUUGUGUAAACCAUAAUUUGGCUGUUGAGGAACGCUACAUUAUGAAUGAAUUAAGCAAAUUUCGGCAACAAUUGCAGAAAAACCGCAAAAGGAACACACUUCGAGUGAAAAUAACUCAGAGUGAUGACAAUAAUAAAAUAUACGACAUGGACAAUGAGUAUUUAACACAGAGUUUGGUUAGGGCUGCAAAGCAUAUUGAAAACUUUUACGCUGCUCCUUUGGAGGCAUUGCAAAAGGUUGAUGAAGUAUGUGAAGCUACCACGCUAAUAAAAAAUAACAACUCACUUGAAGAGGCCCAUCAGGAGGAGAAUCUCAAAGGCGCAGUGAAAAUGGUUCCUGAAAGCGAUUUCAAAGCAGAUGUAGCCUAUGUUGAAGUUCAAGAUGAUUAUUUAUUAAAAAAUACCAACAUCGAUAAUGCGAAUAAUAAGCAUACCGAGACAGUUAGUUUGAAUAAAUAUUCAGAAAAUAUAGUUGAAGACAUUGAGUCGCGUAAUAUAAUAAUUGUCAAUGAGCUGGAAAGUAAUCUGCCUGAAAGUAAUCUUGAAAACAAAUCUUUUGAAAAAGAUCAACAAUUUUUGAAGGGAGCCUGCAAAUGUCCCAAAAGUGUGGAUUUGGAAUCAAAUGGAAAAGCUUCAUGUAAAGAACGUUGUGUGCGUUUUGUUGAAACGGUGAAUAUAAAGAACUUCGAUCGAGAGAAUUCCAUAUGCUCAAAUACCAGUGAUGGUAUCGAUUCAGUUGUUUCGGAUUUAGCAGAGGAAGCACUUUUCGAGCUACAAAUGGAGGCAGAAGAAAAAUUAACACAAGAAACCGGAGCUAACAUGGAGAACAGGAAAGAAGCUGAACCCAAUGAGGUUCAAAUCAAUUUUAAAGAUACUACAUCUCAAUAUCAGCCAAAUACAUUGGAACCACUUGUUAUUACAAAACUUUCAAAACCGAAAGAAGUGGAUUCCGCAAUUACAACGUCAGAAGAGUUAGAAGAUGAGAGCAUUUCAAACCACGAGCAAAAUUUGAUUAUUCAGCAACUUUUUCGACCACGAGCAAACACAAAUCCUACGUUGUUGAGAAAGUAUUUCUUAAAAUGGAUACAUUUCGUAACCAUUGAGAAGAUAGAAAGAGAAGAUGUUUCCAGUAAAAGUGAUCGCGUACAUAAAAUCAAUCUGUUUUUGGACAAAAUACGAAAAGAGAAAUUACGUUUAACCCGCUAUGCGCGUCAGUGCAAUACUGGGCAAGCACGUGAGGAAACUCAGAAAACGCCAGUGGUUUCAACGCAAACAACAAAAAAAUACCAAAACAAAAUAAAAAUACAACAGGACAUUAUUGAUCUACAAAGGCUGAAGCUCGAGCGACAGGAGCGCAUAAUUAUGGAACUAAAGUUGAAUAAACUGUCUGAUGAAGCAAAGGAGGCCAGAGAAGACUUAAAAAAUGAGCUGAAGACCAUCAUACGCCAUGGUGAUCCGAAGUUCAAAGCAAAAGCUAAAUGUCUACAGCUGAUCGGUAAUCUGCGUGAUGAAAAAGAUGAAAAUAUGACCAGUUUACAGGGAAAAGCUUUAUUUAUGCCUAAAUUCUUACUUCAAAUGGAGGAACGCGCUUUGGAAAGAAAUAUUCGGCAUGAAAAAGCUCGUCAAAGACGUUUGCAACAGGAGGCCGAGAAGGAGGCACAGAAGAUGGCUGCUGAAGAAGCAAAGCGUCUCGAAGAUGAAGAGGCUAAGCGCUUGCGUAUUGAAGCUUUAAAAGAGAAACGUCGUCAAGAGAAAAUGGCUAAAGUACUCAAAGAACGAGAACAUCAACGAGCGCUUGAGGCAAAACAUAAAGCGGAUGAGUUUUAUCGCCGGCUACUGCUACGCCGCAUUGGUAUGGAAGGAUUUAAACGAUUGAUAAUACGUAAACGUGAAAAUAAGCGAAAGUGUGAGCAUUUCAGACGUCAAAUUUUCAAACGUACAUAUUUCAUAAACUGGCGCGAUUACUAUAUAAAAUUACGCAAUGAAAAACAAUUACUGGCUGACGAUUUAUAUGAUAAAAUAUUAAAACGGAAAACAUUAUGCGCAUGGCAAUUGUAUGUGCAACAAGAGCGUAGUAAAUUUAAUGUGGCCGUCGACUGGUGUGACUUGAAGCGUACCGAGAUCACAUUCAAAUUAUGGGCACAACAUAGCGCACGGAUGAGCGCCAUUGCAGCAGCAAAAAUGAAACAGGCGACAUCCCACCACGAAUGGCAUUUGAAGUGGAAGGUUUUGGAUUGUUGGCAACGUUUACCGCAAAUAUUACAGUUGGAAAGAGAGACGGAGGAGCGACGUCAACGUUGGCGCAUGAAAAUAUGGGAGCUGUUGCCAGAUUACACACCAAACAGAGAUAACCCAUAAAAAUGAAAGCUGCUAUCAAAUUAUCUUUUAUAAAUAAAAUACCUUUUUACAGAGUUGAA